UCCAGAUUAAGAAAUGAGAGUUAGGGCACAAUCGUCUUCGAGAGCGGCCCAAAAAGCAAAGAACUCUCGAUGACUUCUAUAAAUGAAAGCACCCCAUCCUAAUCCCAACUAAGCGCGCUAAGACACAAGCACUGGCAACACUGAUAGAUUUAGAUUAGCCAUGGCGAAGCCGCGUAAGCCGAAGAUCGACGACUCCAAGCCCGAUAAUUCCGGAGCUGUAGUCCGUCACCAGAAGCUCUGCCUCUCCAUCAAAAUGGAUAAGCGCCAAAUCUACGGCUACACAGAGUUGGAAAUCGCUGUCCCUGACAUUGGAAUUGUGGGGUUACAUGCGGAGAAUUUAGGUAUAGAGAGUGUGUUUGUGGAUGGGGAGCCUACGGAGUUUGAAUACUACCCACGUCAGCAAAAUGUGGUGGAAAGUGAGAAAAAAUGGAGCAGGGUCUCCACUCCUAGCUUAGCUGCUGAUACUGCUGCCUCUGCCUAUACUUCAGCACUCGAGAAAGAACUGGUUCCGAAUCUUCUCAUCAGGGCUCCAAAUGAACAACAGGAUCAAGUGAAUUUAGAUAAUGGUGAAGCCAAGCAGAAUGUGAAAUUGGUUCGCAUCAAUUAUUGGGUAGAGAAAGCAGAGACAGGGAUUCACUUCAAUGAUAAUGUGCUACAUACUGAUAACCAGAUAAGGCGAGCAAGGUGCUGGUUCCCAUGUAUGGAUGAAGCUUCUCAGCGUUGCUGUUAUGAUCUGGAGUUCACCGUUGCCCACAAUCUUGUUGCUGUCAGUACUGGAAGCUUACUAUACCAGGUUUUGAGCAAGGAUGAUCAUUCUCAUAAAACAUAUGUCUACAGAUUAGAUGUUCCAGUAACUGCUCAAUGGAUAUCUUUAGUGGUUGCACCAUUUGAAAUCCUUCCAGAUCACCAUCUUGGUUUCAUAUCACACAUGUGUUUGCCAGCUAAUCUGUCAAAGCUUCGGAAUACUGUGGAGUUUUUUCAUAAUGCAUUCAACCAUUAUGAAGAAUACCUUGAUGCGAAAUUUCCAUUUGGGUCAUACACGCAAGUGUUCUUAGCUCCUGAGAUGGCUGUAUCCUCAUCAAGUUUGGGAGCCUCCAUUAGCAUCUUUAGUUCUCAAGUUUUAUAUGAUGAGAGGGUUAUUGAUCAGACCAUAGACACAAGCAUUAAACUAGCUUUUGCACUUGCAAAGCAGUGGUUUGGAGUUUAUGUAGUCCCUGAGGAACCCAGUGAUGAAUGGCUUCUGGAUGGGCUUGCCGGUUUCUUGACGGAUUUGUUCAUCAAGAAAUUUUUAGGAAAUAAUGAGGCACGCUAUAGGAGAUACAAGGCAAAUUGCGCUGUUUGCAAAGCAGAUGAUAGUGGUGCAACAGCUUUAACCUCCUCUGCUUCUUGCAAGGAUUUAUAUGGAACCCAUUGCAUUGGUAUAUAUGGGAAAAUACGAUCUUGGAAGUCUGUGGCAAUCCUGCAAAUGUUGGAAAAGCAAAUGGGGCCAGAAUCCUUCCGCAAAAUUUUGCAGAAAGUUGUCUUUCGGGCACGGGAUACAAACCCUGUGAGAUCUCUUAGUACAAAGGAGUUUCGACAUUUUGCUACUAAGGUUGGAAAUCUGGAGCGCCCAUUUGUGAAAGAGUUUUUCCCUAGGUGGGUUGGCUCAUGUGGGUGUCCAAUGUUGAGGAUGGGGUUCUCAUACAAUAAAAGGAAAAAUAUGGUUGAAUUGGCGGUGCUAAGAGAGUGCACAGCGACCCCUGAUGCAAGUGCAUCAGUUCUGAACUCUGAUUCUGAUAAUCGAGAAGGAGAUAUUGGAUGGCCUGGGAUGAUGAGUAUCAGGGUUUAUGAGCUUGAUGGAAUGUAUGACCACCCUAUUCUUCCUUUGGCUGGAGAAAUGUGGCAGCUUCUGGAAAUACAGUGCCAUUCCAAGCUUGCUGCUAGACGCUUCCAGAAGCCUAAAAAAGGUUCAAAACCUGAUGGAUCUGAUGAAAAUGGUGAUGCUGUACCUGCAACAGAUAUCCGCUCCAGUUUGGAAUCCCCCUUAUUAUGGAUUAGGGCAGAUCCGGAAAUGGAAUAUCUUGCUGAAAUUCAGUUUAAUCAACCUGUUCAGAUGUGGAUUAAUCAGUUAGAGAAGGAUGAGGAUGUUGUUGCUCAAGCACAAGCAAUUGCAGCAUUAGAAGCUUUACCGCAGCUAUCAUUUUCUGUUGUAAAUGCCCUGAAUAAUUUCCUCAGGGACCCCAAGGCUUUCUGGAGAGUUCGAAUUGAGGCAGCAUUUGCAUUGGCUAAUACAGCAUCUGAGGAAACUGAUUGGUCUGGUUUACUUCAUUUGGUGAAAUUUUACAAAAGUCAAAGAUUUGAUGCAACAAUUGGACUACCCAAGCCAAAUGACUUUCAUGAUUUUCCAGAAUACUUUGUUCUUGAGGCAAUUCCUCAAGCUGUAGCAACAGUUAGAGCUGCAGACAAGAAAAGCCCGAGGGAAGCUAUUGAAUUUGUUUUGCAACUUCUCAAGUAUAAUGAUAACACUGGAAAUCCUUAUUCUGAUGUGUUCUGGCUUGCUGCAUUAGUCCAGUCAGUGGGUCAACUUGAAUUUGGGCAACAGAGUGUUGUCUUUUUAUCAUCUCUUCUCAAGCGCAUUGAUCGGCUUCUGCAAUUUGACAGGCUGAUGCCCAGCUACAAUGGUAUAUUGACAAUCAGCUGCAUCCGUACAUUGGUACAAAUUGCCUUAAAGCUGUCUGGAUCUGUUCAUCUUGAUCAUGUUUUUGAACUCAUUAAACCUUUUCAAGAUUUUAAGACAUUAUGGCAAAUUCGAAUUGAAGCUAGCAGAGCACUCCUGGAUCUGGAAUUCCACUACAGAGGCAUUGAUGCAGCAUUGUCAUUGUUUAUCAGAUAUUUGAAGGAAGAACAAACCUUAAGAGGGCAAGCAAAACUUGCUGCACAUGCUAUGCGGUUAUGUCAGAUUCGAGACAGAUCUGAUUCCAAGGAUGAUAUCAAGAGUACAACACUUGUGGCUUUGCUUAGUGUGCUAGAAGGACAUUUAGCAUUCAACAAUAUAUAUCUUCGGCAUAACUUGUUCUGCAUCUUACAUAUCCUUGCAGGAAGAGCGCCGACACUAUAUGGGGUUCCCAGAGAUAAAACAUUAUGUCUUGGUGAUGCUGAAACAUGUGAGCCAAAGAACGUUUUUGCGGCACUCGUCCCAGAAACAAAGCCUCUGGAGCCUCCUGCUGACAUUCCAAAACUUGAUCAGGAUGAUUUUGCUAGUCAAGAGGCUCCCAAGGAAGCAGAUACAGUUUCCAGCAAUCUUCUGCGUGAGAUGGAUUUGGUCAUCAUAGAAGAUACAAAGGAACCAGAUACGAUCUCCAACAAUCAUGAGCAGAAGAUGGAUUCAGCAAUUCCAGAAUCUUUGAAGGAAGCAGAUACAGUCUCUAACAAUCCUGAACGUAAGAUGCCAGUUGUUAAGAUUAGGGUAAAAAAAUCUGCUGCUUCCAGUAGAGCAGAGGAGGCUGAUAAUCAAACUGUUGAGAGAUCUCAAGGCAGGCAUCAUGAAACUGAUCGUGGGGCCACCAGCUCCGUUUCUGUGGAUGCACCCCAAAGGAUUUCAACUGAGGCUGUGAGUGCAAGCAAUCAAAAUAUUGAGGAAGUCAACUCAUGUCUUGACCAUGGGUCGCGGAUGACUGCUAGCAUCGGCAGUGCAAAACUCACAAGUGAUGGUGACAAUUUUGGGAAGGAACUCCAGUGCACUGCUGAUUCAAGCAAAGUUUUUGUGCAUCCUCAGCCUGAGGAUCCAUCAUCUCCUAGUGUCAUGCAAGAUAACAAUGUCGACAGUGGUGCACAAAAGUAUGCUAGUCUGCAAACCCUCUCAGUUGGAAGAUUUGAUCAUGAUGGCGGUUCAUCAGUUGCCGUGGUAUCUCCUUUUCGUGGGAAAGAAAAGGAGAAGAAAAAAGAUAAGGAAAAGAAACGGAAACGGGAAGAUCAUAAAGGGCACAGGGAUGAUCCAGAGUACCUGGAACGGAAGAGGUUGAAGAAAGAGAAAAAACAGAAGGAGAAGGAAAUGGCAAAGCUGCUCAGUGAUGAUGCAAAGGCAUCUUCGGUAGACUCGCGCAUUAAGAAACAGGAACCCAGCAGCAUUAAGUUGGCAACUGUGCAGUUGAAACCAAGGGAAUCCAGUGGUUCCAAAAUGGCCAACACCUAUGUGGACACUAAGCCUGAGCCAUCGGAAGGUAACUCUGCACCAAGAUUUCGAAUUAAAAUUAAGAACAGGACGCUGAAUAAAUCAUAGAAGCAUGUAGUUAUCCUCCUUUCAUUAUAGAAAUUCCCUUGGAAUUUUUGGCUUGUAUAUCCCCAGAAUGUGUAAGAAAGAGAACGUGUAAUGUGGGGAACUUCCUUGAGAAUUCAAAAAAUUUGUUGAAUGAUUGUGCA